AUGGAGGAGCGCAUGGCCGGACUAAAACUAUCUGCUGAAGAGGACGAACUCCUCAUUGAUGAUGAUAUCGCUGACGACACCACGGUAGCGGUUGAACUAUGCUUGGUGGGCCGGUUUCUCACUGAGCAGCCGAUAAACUUCAAUCUCAUGCGAAGCAGACUGGCAAGCAUCUGGCGACCCGGGAAAGGAGUCUUCAUGAAAGAUAUUGGGGACGGCAGAUUCAUAUUCCAAUUCUUUCAUGAACUGGAUCUUCAGCGUAUCUUGGAUAAUGGCCCUUGGUCUUAUGGAAAUUUCCCUCUCAUUCUUCACAAACUAAAGAAGGGAGACUUACCAUCGAAAGUCCCCCUUGACACCUUACCUUUCUGGAUACAAAUCCAUGAUCUUCCGGCAGGCUUCCUAACUGAGAAAGUAGGGAGACUCCUUGGGAACUUCAUCGGAAACUUUCUUGAAUAUGACAGUACCAACUCUUCUGGAGUCUGGAGGCAAUACAUGCGAAUCAGAGUUGGCAUAAAUGUCACAGAACCCCUCAAAAGAUUCAAGAGAUUGAAGAACACAGACGGAACCUCCUUCCAGGUUUCUUUCAAGUAUGAACGACUCAACAUCUUCUGUUUUCUCUGCGGAAGACUUGGACAUUCCGAAAACUUUUGUAAUCUCCGCUUCACGCUCGAGGUCAAAGAGGUCGAGAGGGAAUGGGGUGCUUGGCUUAAAGCAGCUGAUCGGCGGAGUGUGUCUCUGGCCGGUGACAAAUGGCUCCGAGCUGACGAUGGAGGCUCCAACCCUAGCGGGGCGGCGGCGGAAGCUAGGGUUUCAAGCGAGCCGUUACAAUCCGACCCGAAACGGAAAGCACGUGAUUUCGGGAGCAAAUCUCUCCCCAUAAUGGGAUCACGCCACACCAGCGAUCCAAUCCCUCAAAUCACGCACAGCCUGGUGCUACGGGAUAUCAGUAACGCUCCUACUGAUCGGGAGUUAAUGCAAUUGGAUGACUCAUCAAUUAUCAAUUUUGAAGAAAGGAAAAGACGACGUGGCACUAACACUCAUGCCAUGAUUACCUCCACAUCAUCUGAGAUUUUCCCGGCUGGAAUCCACGUGGAUGUCUCUGAUGAAUCAGACCUUGUAUCGGCGGGCUCCAAUGGUGGAGUCGGCCAGGCCCAAUGA